UCUCAUUGCAAUUAGCAGCAGUUCCGUGAGAGUCUCAACAGCUCUCUUUCUUGUUCUAUUCUAUUUUUGUUGUCUAAUUUCUCAUAAUUUUUGGUUUCGUCUCUUUCUUGAUUUUGUUUCUGAUUCUUUACAACCCACCAUUUUGCUUUCAAGAAAACUAAUUUCCUUGAUUUCAUUUGGUUUCCUUUCUCAUUGACAAUGAAGCAGAAUAUGGAAAAUCCUCUUCAUCUCAAGUCCUUGAAUCACAUCUCGCUUUUGUGCAGAUCAGUUGAGAAAUCCAUUGAUUUCUAUCAGAAUGUUCUUGGGUUUGUGCCAAUUAGGAGGCCAGGAUCUUUUGAUUUUGAUGGAGCUUGGCUGUUUGGCUAUGGAAUUGGAAUUCAUCUAUUGCAAUCAGAAGAUCCAGAGAACAUGCCCAAGAAAAGUAUUAUUAAUCCCAAAGACAAUCAUAUGUCUUUCCAGUGUGAGAGCAUGGGGGCAGUGGAGAAGAAGCUGAAGGACAUGGGAAUCAAGUACGUGCGAAGCAUGGUGGAGGAAGGUGGAAUCCAUGUGGAUCAACUUUUCUUUCAUGAUCCAGAUGGAUUCAUGAUUGAAAUAUGCAACUGUGAUAGUCUCCCUGUGAUCCCUCUAGGAGGAGAGAUGGCACGAUCGUGCUCUCUUGUGAAUCUUCCGACAAUACAGCAUAACAAGCAGCAGAUGCAGCAGGUGGUCCAGCAGUAGAGAGAAGUAGAGGCUAGCAAUAGGCUCAGCAUUUGGUGUAAUUUGUCAAUAAAAUUGUCGGCCUAAGAGAUGGGGUCUUCGUUGUCUAUUGUGUAAUGUGUUCCUUUUGUUUCUUUUUUUACUUGUUCGAGUCUUUUGUUAACAAUAAGAUUAUAAGAUAAAUGCAAAAUGUCCUUCAUUUCAAUGUC